UAAAGUGGUUUCAUCGACAGGGAACGAGCCUAGCCCGUCACUGUGAAGCAACAGGGUCUUGGACGCGUGCGCGUUGCCACCCCAACUCGCAUAAAUGCCCCUGCGGGUCCGUUUCGCGCUCAGAGCCACGUCCGCAGCCGCCGCAGUCUCCUACCAGCAGCCCUCGGUACCGCGCGUCGCUACGACCUCGUAGCAAUGUUCAAAUCACCUGUAUAAAUAUCCACCGCAGUUCUAUUCUUUGACUUCUACAUUACAGAGUGUCUGUGUUAUUUUUUGUGGUCAUGACUUUUAAGUGACGAUGAACGUUUUGUGCUGUGGUUUUGACCUGUGCCGCUUUUAACAGGCACGAUGUGGCGAUUAGCGCCACUAGUGACGCGACUCCUGGUCGUGUCACUGGUGGCGCUCGUGUUCGCGGACGGGGCCGGCAGCACCUCGGUUGCGACGCUGACGCGGGGCCCCGCCCCCCGCCCCACGGCGCCCCUGCCCCGCAAGCAGCGCCCGCGCAAGCGGCGCACCACCACCACCACCACCACCCUCGAGCCGGACGAAGACGAAGAUGACGUCACUACGCAGCCUACCACCACCACCGUUGAUCCUAGGAUGUUCGACCACACGGAGCUGGGUACGUGCGAGGCGCCGCUGGGCAUGGAGAGCGGCAUGAUAUCCAACGAGUCGCUGUCGUCCAGCUCCAACUACGACCUCAGCGUGUCGCCACUUAGUUCCAGGAUACGGAGCGAACUGCGCGGCGGCGCGUGGUGCCCCAACGGGCUGAUCUCGCCGCGCAGCCGCGAGUACCUCGAGAUAGACCUCCAAGACGAGUAUCUCAUCACCGGCACGGAGUCCCAGGGCCGGUUCGCUAACUCGGUGGGGGUCGAGUUCGUGGAAAGCUAUUCACUCGAGUACUACCGUGCUGCUCUUAACCGCUGGGUGAAAUACAAAGAUUUUAAUGGCAGCAGACUGAUCCCUGGAAACGUCAACACGUACACCCCCCGGAAGACGAUAUUAGAGGCUCCAUUCGUUGCAUCCAAAGUCCGCUUCUUUCCUUAUGCUGCCCACCCCAGGACAGCGUGUAUGAGGGUCGAACUUUACGGGUGUCUGUGGAAACAAAAUCUAGUUGCCUAUUCUGCGCCCAAGGGUGGAGACAUGCAGGCCAUGACAGGCGGGGCGCGAUUUGAGGACCUGGCUUACGACGGCGUGCAGCGCGGCGGCAGACUUCUGGACGGGCUCGGUCAGAUGACGGACUCGCUCUUGGGUCCCAACGACUUUGAACAACCCGACCCUUUAGAUACACAAGGUACUCGCUGGGUCGGCUGGAACAAAUCAAUGCAAGUGGAUGACGAUGUUGAGCUCACUUUUAAUUUUAGCACGACACAACUGUUCUAUCAUGUUGAUAUCCAUACAAACAACAUGUUUACCAAGGAUGUGCAGUUGUUCAAAGAGGCAGAAGUGUACUUCUCCCUGGAGGGAGAGAGAUGGCAGGAGGAGUUCAUCUCGUACGAGCCGAAGCAGGACCGCGUGUCGGAGCAUGCUCGCGCGGUGCACGUGCCGCUGCAGAACCGCACCGCCAAGCAUCUCAUGCUGCGCCUCAAGUUCCAGCACGAAUGGAUCCUCAUCAGCGAGAUCACUUUCAAGUCAGUUCCCACCGUGAUAAACGCUUCAGCGGAAUUUCUGGACGAAUAUUACCGCACCGAUUUGCCGCCGUCGUCCCGUAAGAAGCGCAACUCGUCCUUGCGCGUGAGUGUGGGGCUGGCGUGCGGCGCGCUGGUCGGCGCCGGCGCCUUCAUCGCCGCGACGGUGGUGCUCCUGGCCAAGAGGACCAGGCGAAGGAUACCAAACAUGCUGAAGAAGCCAUUUUGCCCAUCAUUACGGAAUGCCACCUCCAACUCCAGGAACAAUCGCAGGGCCCCCAGGCUGGCGCUGGCUCUUGCUAACUGUCCACCAAUACACAUGUUAAGGCCUGCAGUCGUCGAUGAGGAUUAUAGAGAGCCCUACAAUAUAUGGAGGGAGACACUCGGCCGGCGCGACAAGCACGACGCCCAUGAUCAAAACGAAUACAACGAAAUCUGUGAAGACCCAGAAUUCCCGCGCCCCUACAUGAUGAAACGCCCCGACCCGCACGAGAGCUUCUACGCUGCCACCGACAUCAUACACCAUACGUACCCCGAAGAGCGCACCUGCCGGCGCGAGCGACCAGCGCCGGGGCUCUUCACCUCCAUAAAACUGCCGGAAGCGGAGCCCCCAAACGGAGUGGCGCCCCUGCUGGACUUCCCGCGGGGGCGCAUGCGACCAGUCACCUUCCUCGGCGAGGGCCCGUAUGGGAGUCUCCAGAUAUGCGAGACGGAUGGUAUCGAGGAGCUGAGCGACGAGGAGUCCCCGAGCGGCACCCGCCGACGACUUGUAGUUGUCAAGACUCUCUGGCGAGGGUGCCAUAGCGAUAUCAAGGCGGCGUUUGCCAGAGAGGCGACAUGGGGCGCUGGGCUGAAACACCCACAGCUCGCCAGAGUGCUCGGCUUGAGUCUACUCGAACCUCCGUGUGCAGCGCUCGACCGCGGCAACGCUGCACCCUUGCCUACGAUAUUGAAACCGGACAACAAAUUGAACUAUUCGAGUUUGCUUCACAUAUGCUGCCAGAUCGCAGCAGGCAUGAAGUACCUGGAGUCAUUCGAAUUAGUGCACCGGGAUCUCUCCGCUCGUAACGUAACAGUAAGUGAGGAGCUCAGCGUUAAGGUGUCGGACUACGCAAUGUUUUGCGACGAGUUCGUGGGGGACUACCACGUCAUGGCCGACGGCUCGCGCUUCCCCCUGCGUUGGAUGGCCUGGGAGAGCCUACUGAUGGGUAUGUAUUCGCCUGCUAGCGACGUCUGGUCGUUCGGUGUCACUGUGUGGGAGGUGCUGACGUACUGUACGGCUAAACCUUUCGAAGAGAUGGAUGAUGACCAGGUGGUUGCCAACGCGAGCGAGUGGAGGCGCGGCGGGCGCGGUGCUCGCGUACCAGCGGCGCCGCCACCGCGCUGCCGCCGCGAGCUUUACGACCUCAUGCACGAGUGCUGGCGCCGCGAGCCAGCGCAGCGCCCGCGCUUCCACGACCUGCACCGCUACCUGGAGCGCAUGACGCACGGCUUCAAGCCGCCGCACGCCACUACUCUUCGCUAAAUACACUUAUCGACGAGCUUCGACGUCCGUCAACAUUCACCGAUCGAUCUCAUUACAUUAGAUAGGUUUUUAAUAUAUUUCUCACUGAAACCCUGAUCCAGCUAGUGUUAAUAUAAGUUUAUAAACGCAAUGAAUAAUUGGACGUAUUUUCAGUCAUUAAAUUUACUGUUGUAAAUUCGUCGUGCUCACAGUAUCCAUUGGCGUCCAUGUCAACGAUCUAUGUAUUUGUAGAUUUUCUAGUUUCGAAUAUUCAGUGACGCUCGGCCUAACCGAUUUAAUAGCUGCAAAACUGAAUAGAUUUCUGGACUGCUCGAUAGGUCCGUCAUUAGAAGCAUCAGCGUUUAUAUAUCAGUCCAAAUUAUUAAAUAGAGAAUAAAUAUAAUUAAUUAAUAAGAAUUUUUCAAAUGCCAUACUCGUGUCUUGGACAUUUUGACUACAGACUGAUAGAAAAAAUCGAGCAGUAUUAAGUUCAGUAUUAAACAUAGGUACAAUAGGAUAGGUUAUAGGUUAGAGCGUGUUUUAUGUAACACGCAGCUUUGCAUUUAAACUGGGCACUGGCUGAGCCCGGGGCACCGCGGCUCAGCCAGUACGCAGCCGCGCCAAAAGGCAAUUUUAAUAAUGUUAAAAACUUGGGCGCCUCGAUGUUACUGAACGAACAACACAUCGUGUGCCGAGGUUUACAAGCUAGACGUAGGUUUCUGAAUUGCCUUCUGCUUCUACGUGAAUUCAUGCUCUUGUACAAGACAGUUGAUGAUUAAUUAAUAUUAUCAGUGUUUUGGAAGCGAUUCAGAAACCCACAAGUCCCUUGAGCGUUGAUUCUCUAUUCGGUUUGGAUACUUGUCAUUCAGGAAAUUAUUGCGGCCGUAUGUUAAUUAUUAAGAAUCUAGUUUUUUUUGUAUUGUAUCCUGUUGAUUAGGGAAACGUCAAGUACUCUGCGGCAUGUCUACAUACACAUCAGCUUUGUAGUCUAUAUUAGCGUAGGUAUAUGGGAAAUAUUAUAAGAAUGAAUUUUCUGAAUAUCGAGAUAAUUGCGCAAACACUCGUAAGUUUGUUUUGACAUACCAACCCGGCAAGAGGAUCAACAUGUUUAAGUAAAUGUUUCACACACUGUUUCAGCGCCCUUCGCCUAGCGCCCCACGAUCUUCCACUCACCGCCUUUACGGCAACCCUACUCGGGGCUGCUCGAGUACUGGCUGCGGCUCGUCGCUGCUGUCGCCUUCUCUCAAAAACUAGGGCCUUAUAUCGACUAUUC